AUGGCUCACGAUACUAUUUAUUUGCUGCCUCUGAAUGAUGACGGUUCUCCAGAUGUGCCCGGGGGAUACAUCUAUCUUCCGCCUCCGGACAACCCUGAGUAUUCGCUCCGCUUCGUGAUUGAGGGAAGCAGCUCGAUUUGCAGGGAUGGCACGCUUUGGGUCAACAUGCCUGAGAUCGGGAAACCGUUUGAUCGCUCGGCCUAUCGAGGCUUCAAAUUAUCUCCAGACUUCAGCAGGAAUAUCCAGAUUGAUGUACCCGUUACGUGCCCCGGAUCUUUCGCUUACUACGUGACAUAUUCUCCUCUUCCCGAUUUCACCAUUUCUCCCGGCCAGGUUGUGGAGCCAACAAGGACACCCACGCACUAUAUCGAUGUUUCUCCUCGGUUGAGCCUCGGUGGCCGAGGCAUCCCACUCAAUGCCCUAUCCAUAUUCUCAGUGAAUUCCAAGUUCAUGGGCAAGUAUCCCGAGGACUGGGACAAACAUCUCAGCAGCAUAUCCCGUCGCAAGUAUAACAUGGUCCAUUUCACACCGCUGAUGAAGCGAGGUGCUUCGAACUCUCCCUACAGCAUUUUUGAUCAGCUUCAAUUUGAUGAUGUCGCGUUUCCGAAUGGAGAAGAAGAUGUCCGCCAGCUCAUCCAAACCAUGGAGGGGGAGCACUCGCUCCUAUCUCUCGCUGAUGUCGUCUGGAAUCAUACUGCGAAUAACAGCAAGUGGCUCGAGGAACACCCAGAGGCCGGGUACAGCAUUGAGACCGCCCCUUGGCUUGAAGCCGCAUUGGAUCUGGAUACUGCAUUGCUGCAAUUCAGUCAGGAUUUGCAAAAGCAUUCCUUGCCAACAGAUAUUAAUACAGUUGACGACUUGACAACUGUGAUGGACGGAAUGAAGGAGCAUGUGCUCAAAGAUCUUCGGCUAUGGGAGUUCUAUGUCCUUGAUGUAAAGGCAAACACACAAAAUAUACUGGAUGAGUGGAAAUUAUCCAAGGAUAUUGAUUUACAAAGUGGGCAAUGGGCCGAACUCGGCCUAAAUAGCUUCAAAACAUUAACCUUGGAGCAACAGACCACCCUCAUCCGUGAAAAGGCAAUUCCAACUGCCAACCAAAUUCUCGGACGGUUCAGCCGAGCCAUUGACGUCCAAUUUGGUGUUGCCAUUGCUACUGCUCUCUUCGGCCAGUUUGACUCGGCCAGCUCAGAUCUUCCCCCCGUGUAUGAUGCUCUGCGCAAGCUACUCGACGUAGUCAACGUCCCGUUCUACAAGGAAUAUGAUAUAGACCUGUCCGCGAUAACAGAUCAACUCUUCAAUCGUAUCAAGUACAUGAGGAUCGACGACCACGGGCCAAAGCUCGGGCCUGUGACUGAAGAUAAUCCUCUUAUAGAGUCAUACUUUACCCGGCUGCCUUUGAACGACAUCACGAAAAAGCACAACCCAAAGGCAUUAGCUCUAGCAAACAAUGGUUGGAUUUGGAAUGCUGAUGCUAUGCGUGAUAAUGCUGGUCCAGACUCUAGGGCCUACCUACGACGAGAAGUGAUCGUCUGGGGCGAUUGUGUUAAACUACGGUAUGGAAGUUCGCCCAAGGACAGCCCGUUCUUGUGGGACUUCAUGGCAAAGUACACGCGCUUGAUGGCCAAGUACUUUUCCAGCUUCCGAAUUGACAACUGCCAUUCAACUCCACUGGUAGUUGCGGAGUAUCUUAUUGAUGAGGCACGGAAAGUCCGCCCUGAUCUUGCCAUUUUCGCCGAACUCUUCACCGGCUCUGAGGAGGCCGAUUAUGUCUUCGUCAAGCGGCUUGGUGUCAAUGCCCUCAUCCGUGAGGCCAUGCAAGCCUGGAGUCCGGGGGAGCUCAGCAGGUUGGUGCACCGUCAUGGCGGUCGUCCUAUUGGCAGUUUUGAGCUUGAUCUACCCUCACCAGGUUUAGCUUUCAGUAAGUCCAAUUCCGACGGCGGCGAAAAAGAGAACAUCCGCAAAAUCCGCCCCAUACCUGUCCCAGCAUUGUUCAUGGACUGUACACAUGAUAACGAAAUGCCGGCUCAAAAGCGAAGUGGGAAGGACACCUUACCAAACGCCGCACUCGUUGCCAUGUGCGACUCUGCGGUGGGAAGUGCCAUGGGCUAUGAUGAAAUCUAUCCAAAGAUUGUGGAUCUAGUGCACGAGACUCGUUCAUAUUCCGUGUCUGAACUGCCCGAGUCUCCCACGAUUGACGAGCUAGCCAGUCUCCCGGGGAUCUGCGGUCUCAAACGGCUGCUUAACGAGCUUCAUACCAUGAUGGGCUUGGGGGGCUAUGACGAGACGUUCAUACAUCACGAUGGUGAAUAUAUCACCGUGCAUAGGGUCCAUCCUCAAAGUCGAAAGGGCAUAUUCUUGAUCGCCCACACGGCUUUCCCAGGCCAAGGCAGCGGGGCCCUUCUCCCGGCUACCCAACUCGCCUCUACUCGUGUUAACCCUAUCGGAACUUGGCAGCUCACAGUUCAGGAGGAAAACAGUGACAAAGAGCAAGCUCUAGCAGAUCCAUCCUACCUUCGGGGCUUGCCAAGCCAAGUUCACAAGAUCGAGGGUACUAGGAUUGAGGAGAAAGAUAACAACACUAUCAUCUCGGUCUUGGACACCUUUGUUCCUGGCUCCAUCGCUUUGUUCGAAACAUCGAUCCCUGGUUUUGAAGAUGCAGCUGCACUCACCAACGACAGCAUCACUCAAGGUGCAGGUGAUGCAUUUUCAGAGCUAAGCUUGAUUGAUCUCAACUUUGUGCUGUAUCGCUGUGAGGCUGAAGAGAGGGACUCGAGUGGCGGCCAAGAUGGAGUGUAUAGCAUUCCAAACUAUGGACCAUUAGUCUAUGCAGGUCUACAAGGGUGGUGGAGUGUUCUCGAGAACAUCAUUAGGUAUAAUGAUCUAGGGCAUGCCUUGUGUGAUCACCUUAGGCAAGGCCAAUGGGCACUUGAUUACAUCGUCGGGCGCCUGGCAAAGGCAGCACAAAAGCCGGAGUAUGGCUCUCUCCAGCGUCCUGCUAAGUGGCUGGAGGAGAAAUUCCAGGCAGUCCGCGGCUUGCCAAGUUUCCUCUUGCCCCGUUACUUUGCUAUUAUUGUCCAGACCGCCUAUGUGUCUGCCUGGAACAGGGGUAUACAGCUCCUGGGAAACGACGUGCGGGUCGGCCAAGUCUUUAUCCAACAACUCGCCAUGGUCAGUGUUCAGCAAACAGGGCUUGUCAACUCAGCGUCCCUAUGGCCUACAAAACAAGUUCCCUCCCUUGCUGCCGGUCUGCCUCACUUUGCGACUGACUGGGCAAGAUGCUGGGGUCGAGAUGUCUUCAUCUCCCUCAGAGGUCUUCUUCUUUGCACUGGCAGAUUCCACGAUGCCAAGGAGCAUAUUCUGGCCUUUGCUAGUGUGCUCAAGCACGGUAUGAUCCCGAAUCUUCUCGGUAGUGGCAAACUACCACGGUACAAUUCCCGCGACUCGAUUUGGUUUUUGUUGCAGGCAAUCAAGGAUUACACAAUCAUGGCCCCCGAUGGCCUAGAGAUCCUGAACGAGAAGGUUCCCAGGCGCUUCCUUCCGUAUGAUGAUACAUGGUUCCCGUUCGAUGAUCCUAGAGCCUAUUCGAAGAGUUCGACGGUAUUGGAGGUAAUUCAGGAAGUCUUCCAACGACACGCUUCAGGUCUCUCGUUCCGCGAGUACAAUGCCGGUCCUGAACUUGAUAUGCAAAUGAAACCAGAAGGGUUCCAGAUUGACAUCAAGGUUGAUUGGGAGACGGGGCUUAUCUUCGGCGGAAGCCAAUUCAACUGCGGAACGUGGCAGGACAAAAUGGGUGAGAGCGAAAAGGCUGGCAACAAGGGGGUUCCAGGAACACCACGGGAUGGUGCGGCAAUCGAAAUCACCGGUUUGGUUUACAGUGCUUUGACGUGGGUUAUAACCCUUAGAGAACAAGGGCUCUAUCCGCAUGACAAGGUGGAUAUCGGCAACAGCGAAUCCGUCACGUUCGAAGACUGGGCUGCAAAGAUCAAAAGCAAUUUCGAGCGUUGCUAUUAUAUCCCACUGGAUUCAAAGGAAGACGAUCAACACGAUGUUGACCCAGGGAUCGUUAAUCGCCGAGGAAUCUACAAAGAUUUAUAUCGAUCCGGCAAGCCGUAUGAGGAUUAUCAGCUCCGCUCAAACUUCCCCAUCGCAAUGGUCGUUGCUCCCGAUCUCUUCACACCAUCUAAAGCGUUGGCCGCGCUUGCUCUUGCCGACUCGGUUCUUGUCGGUCCAAUUGGAAUGGCCACACUGGAUCCCUCCGAUCUAAACUACCGUCCCAACUAUCACAACUCUGAAGACUCGACCGACUUCGCGACCUCCAAGGGUCGGAACUAUCAUCAAGGCCCAGAGUGGGUAUGGCAACGGGGAUACUACCUUCGUGCCCUGCUCCACUUUGAUCUUGCCCGCAGGCAGACAGAACAUGAGCGAACGGAAGCAUUCCAGCAGGUAACCAGGCGCCUGGAAGGCUGUAAGCGGGCACUCAGAGAAAGUCCUUGGAAGGGCCUCACGGAGCUCACGAACAAGGAUGGUAGCCAUUGUGCUGAUUCGUCUCCGACCCAAGCUUGGUCUGCUGGUUGUCUACUUGAUCUGUAUUAUGAUGCGUCACGAUAUGCAUAG